AAUAAGAAAGCAAGAUAUUGCAUUGAUAGCAUAGCAGCCUGAGUGGAAGAGACAAAACUGCGACCACAUUUUUGCAUUUAAUAACUUCCACCUGAUAGUUCUGCGGUUAUUAUGAGUCGCUUUCGCCAGUUCGAAGAUGGAAGUUCUGCACAUUUGGCUCAAAAAAUGACAGGUGGCAUCCUUUGAAUUUGGUGUGUUUUUACCUAAAUUGGUUGAAGCACGAACUACUGUUUAGGAAAGAGGUUGCAUGUGCAUUAAACAUGGUUGUUGCGGCAUAAUUUGCUCAAACAAAUUAAAGAUCGGCGCUCUCAUCAUACUUGAUUGCUCUCUAUCUGUUUUCUGGUGACAGUUGGUCCAUGCAAUAAAUUUAUUUAUUUAUUGCCACCGGCAGAGUUGCUGCAGUCAAACUUCAAUAGUCUUCCUCGCCCUGACCGGCAGAUUGAGACUCUCUGUUCAUCAGUUGAUUUCUUCACAUUCGAAUCCAUUCCACUGUGGCUGAAAUGGAAGAGAACGUUAAGAAGACGGUUGGUUUAGGGGUGAUUUCAUGGACGAUAGCGUUUGUGAUAGCGAGAAGGGUCUUUAGCAAGUACUCGUUCGAUUUCAGCAACCGCCUCGUCUCUACAGUGCAUGCAACUAUAGCUGUUACACUAGCUUCACUGUCUGUUCAAGAUUGGAAAUGCCCACUGUGUCCCAUGGCUUCCACAUCCUCCCCUGCGCAGAUGCAAACUCUAGCGGUGACCCUUUCGUAUCUGGUAUAUGAUAUAAUUUGCUGCUUGUUUGGGGAAAGAGUCAGUCUGGACAACACCAUCCACCAUUUGGUCAGCAUAGUUGGAAUUAGUGCUGGCCUCUACUAUCAAAAGUGUGGCUCAGAGUUGGUGGGAGCUCUUUGGGUAACGGAAAUGUCGAGCCCUUUCCUGCAUUUGAGGGAGCUUUUGAAGGAGAUGGGUUAUAGGGAUACCGCCAUUAAUUUGGCUGCUGAUAUUUUGUUUGCUGCUAUAUUCACAGUUGCAAGAAUGGUGGUGGGUCCUUAUAUCACUUACACAACUCUAUCUGCCGAAAACCCGCCAAUGAUAAAGGCCAUGGGAUUGGGUUUGCAGCUGCUGAGCGCCUUCUGGUUCUUCAAGAUUGCAAGAAUGAUAAAAUACAAGUUAAAGAAGAGGACCACAACAAAGCACGGCAUUAAGCACGCCGGCAAACUGGAGUGAGACGAGACAACAAGCUAUGGAUUUUUGUAGUGAUGGCGGCCAUUUGUUCAGUUUAAUUAAGAAAGAUACUGUCUAACCGUACACUUCCAGUAAGAAACUUACUCGAAUGGCAUGAAACGGCCCAAAUGGUCAUUUCAAUUUUCAACUCGUCCUCCGUAAUGUGCCCCCUCACAGGUGAUUUCUCUGUUGACAUAAAGAUUUGCAAGACAGUGCGCAAAUUUAGAAGGAAAAAAAAAAGAUUAUUAAAUAACUAGCAGUAAAAUCAAGUAGUUUUGACUAAAA